UUACUAUUUAAAAAACCCGAAGUGUUCUAUAAGAGAAAAAUGUCCACUAGGAGGGAGAAGCCUUGCCGCCUGACCACUCAUCAGGACUCUUCAACUGAUUUUCCAGGGGACACAUUCAAGUCCUUUGAGAGAGACCUAAUUUUAAAAGAGAAAAGUGCAGAUAACUCACUUUUAUUCAAUAACGAUAGAAGUUUUGAAACAAUUCAAGGUUUUGGGAAAGCAGCUGACCAUACAACAGAUUAUUCAUUUUUACACCAGGACCCAUUCACACCAAUCAGGAACAGUUUUCCUACAAACAACUCCUUCUUCAACCAGUCGCUCAACGAGCCAAGCAAUACUAUUGGCAUAUCAGAAUCUGAGACUAGACCAAUAUAUUUUCUUGACAAUGGAAAGGAAUACCAUAAGCCAUAUUUAGACAACGACUCCCUAUUCCAUCAAAAUUUCAACUUUUCGGACCCAGGUCAAUUACGCGCUAAUAUGAAGCGGAAGCGAUAUUUCCGCAGCAGUCCUCCAUCAUCACCAAUUCGUAUGGACUUUUCCUUCGAAAUCAGGCACCAAAAACUCAUCCGUUCGACUGACCAAUUAAUAAAAUCAAUUGAAAGGGAUUUGAUGAAACCGCUUCAUUUCAAGUACAACCCAAGAAAUGACUUUUAAGAUAUUGGUAAU